GUGCGGUCUGCGGCCAAGCAGAGCCCGGGGAAACGAUCGAGACGAUAUGUGCGGGGGAGCGAUCCUUGCCGAACUCAUCCCAGCACGGGUGCACCGGCCGCUGACCGCCGCCACGCUCUGGGCGGCGGCCCUGAGUGGGACCACUACCGUCGGCAAGUGGAAGGCCGAUGCAGCCGCCGCUACCGACGACGACGACGACGAAGAGUUCGAGGCCGAGUUCCAGCUUUUCGACGACGAUGACGAGUGCGAGGCCGAGUUCCAGCUUCUCGACGACCACCAACCAUCUCCCGCAGCUUCGCCUGAGGCCAGCGGCUGCAAGCGGAAGCCUGCCCUUGCUCCUCCUGCUGGUGCCCCCGCUUCCACGGAUCCGGCGACCCCGUGCUCCAGGAAGUACAGGGGCGUCCGGUACCGCCGGUCAGGCAGGUGGGCCGCGGAGAUCAGGGACCCGCGGCAGGGGCGCCGCGCCUGGCUCGGCACGUACCGCACCGCCGAGGAGGCCGCCCUGGCGUACGACCGCGAGGCCCGCCGGAUCCGCGGGAAGAGCGCGCGGCUCAACUUCCCGCUGCUCAUCCCGCACGAGGGUCCCGGCCGUCACGCGCGCACGCCGGUGGCCAUCGACCUCAACUUGCCGCCCGUCUCCGACGGUCUCGGCGUCCCGGCUCCGGCUGGCGUCGGCGACGACGGCACGGCGAAUGCCGACGGAGAUGCAGAUAUGGCCAGUACUAAGACUCAGAGCACGCUAGCGCGGGUCAAGGAACUGAUCGCGCAGGGACCUCACGACGAGCGGCUGGCGGCGAGGAUCGUGCCUGAGCUGAUGAUGCACGGGAGCAGGGACGAGGCUGCGGCGUUGAUCGCCGAGUUCAGCCGUCAGAUGGAGGAGAUCGCUGCGUUGCGGAGGGACCUUGAGACACGCGAGAGGCAGCUUGUUCAGCUGGUUUCUCUAGUACUUCGUUGACCACUCACUCCGAUGAUGCAUGAUCUGAUGACUGUCAAGUGUGAACAAUGUGUUUGUGACACUAGAACAGUCAUCAUCUACUGCUAUAGUUAUAGGUCCUGUUUGGUACAACUUAUUUUCAGCUUCUUCACAAAUUUAAGCAGAAGUUCUGCCAAACAGUUAGCUUCUGCAGCAGCUUAUCAGUUCAGCUGCUUCUCAGAAUACACUAAAAGCAGCCAAUAAGCAGAAGCUGCUUUUCACCAGCUUCUCAGAUAAGCUGCUUUUUCAACAAGCAUCAGCUAUGCCAAACAGGGCCAUAGCCUUGUUUGCAGCUUAUUUCUAUAGAAUUUUGCUGGGAGGCUGGCUGUCUC